AUGGCCACGCAGGGCCACGGCGACCCAGCGGCCCGGCGGGCUCAGUGUGGGGCUGUCCGGGGUCCGGCGUGCGGGGGCCGUGGCCAGGGGUGCUUGGCUGCUGUUCCUGCCGGGCGAGUUCUCAGCAUGGCCGCCCAGUCACCUCGAGGCUCCCCCUCCCUGGUCGGCAGCCAGCAGCAGCAGAUACCUGAUACUCGGGUUGUGCAAGCGCGAAGGGGGAGCCUGGCCCUGCCCGGCCCUUGGGAGCCACCCGGAAGGCCGAGCCCGCCGGCCCCACCUGGAGAGCAGCUUAAAGGCCGGCCGGGCGGCCACAGCGCAGCCGGUUCCUGCACCAUGCCCGCGGCCCGCAGCGUCCUCAUCUUGGCGGGGCUCCUGGCUCUCUGGGCAGAGCUGCCGGCAGCAUCCGCCCAGAAUGACACCACAAAAGCCGGCGUGUGCCCGAGCCCGGCGACGGAUGCCGUGAACUGCACAGUGGGGUGCCAGUCCGAUGGCGACUGCGAGAGCACCCUCAAGUGCUGCCCGGCAGCCUGCGGCAAGGCCUGCCAGAAGCCUGACGAGAAGCCUGGCACCUGCCCACCCGUCAACCCGGGCAUCCCCAUGCUGGGUGUCUGCACCAACCAGUGCAAGACCGAUGCCAACUGCUCCGGGAUCCAGAAGUGUUGCAGGAACGGCUGUGGCAAGGUCUCCUGUGUGACACCCAUCCUCCACUGAGAUGCAGCCGCCUCCUGCCAGCCCAGCCACAGGGAAGCUGCUGCCCGAUGCCCAUCCCUCAUGCCCUGGCCGUGGCCCUGCACCAUCCCCCUGGCUUGGAGCCUUCAGCCUCAGUUUUCUCCCUGGGGUUCUCUGCUCAGGGCAAGACCCCUGCACUCUCACCAAUAAAGCAGC